GGAGAGCUAACCCAUUUACCGACCACCCCAGGAAUCAGGAUGGAGAAGAGAGGAAGAAACCCCCCAUCCUUCGCCGCGGUUCUCGCCGCCGCUGUCUACUUGCUAUACUGCUCCGCAGGCGCAUCGGACCCCCUCGAGGAUCCCAAGAUCCGGCCGGUGACGGACCUUGCUGGUCACCGCCGGGUGGGAGCCACCGAGCGGCGAUUCCGGGAUUUCAUGAGGAGAUACGGGAAGGAGUACGAGAGCCGGGAGGAGUUCGGCCGCCGGCUGGGGGUGUUCGCGCGGUACCUGGCGAGGGAGGCGGAGCACCAGGCGCUGGAUCCCACGGCGGUGCACGGGAUCACGCCAUUCUCCGACCUCACCGAGGAGGAGUUCGAGCGGGCGUUCAUGGGAAUGGCGGCGAAUUAAGCAUGAUAAGGGCGGCGCCUCCGCGAAGUAUCCGACCGCGCCGAGGAUGGACGUGGACGGGUUGCCAUCAAGCUUUGAUUGGAGGGAGAAAGGGGCUGUCACGGAUGUGAAGAUGCAGGUAAGUGAAUCCGGGAUUUGGUUUGCAGACAUUGGCCGGCCUGGACACCUGUGUCCGUGCUGGAGAAAGGCCGUCAUGCGUCGUCAAGUAUACGAGUUUCCAAAGUCGUAAUCGUAUAAUUAUAUAUUUAUAGAUAGAUAGAUAGUUCAUUCAAGGAGCUGUUGGGAAGGCAAUAUAUUGGCAAUGGCUAGAAUAUGAGUGACUUUACAUAAUAAGUUGAACUACAAAUCAUCUGUCAUAGGAACGCGAAAGAAAUUCUUUGUUUCAUUCCAACAUGCAUGGCUUUUACUGUUGCGAGAGAUCAUCUGAAUUGACGGGUUACAAAUUAUGAAUCAUCAUUUUGACAAUGGUUAGAAUAUGAGUGACUAAGUUGAACUAUAAAUCAUCUAUCAUAUGGAACGAGAAAGAAAUUAAACCAAUCGUCGUGAUAAAAUGAGAACCAAAUCAAAUUGUCCAAAUUGGCAAUCGGCAAUCUGAUGCCAAACUUGCAUCAUUAUAUAGUCAAUAAAGUUGACCCGGCUCUGGACAGCUCUGGAAGGGUGCUAAAUGCUGAGGAUUGGAAUUGGCAUUGUAGUAGGAAUUGUUUCCACCCUGGAUAUAUAGGAGUAACGAAAACUGCUGGUUGCUUUUUCUGAAGGCAUUUAGAAUUGGAAGAAUUUGUUAGAAUUCUUCUUUUGUGAAUUGUGAAUUGUCAAAUGUGCAGUAACACCCGUAAUAGUUGGGGAGUUGAAUUUGUUAGAAUGUGAUUUUUCUU